CUUUUUGCAACCGCGAGCCCGGCGCGCGCAUGUUUCGCUCUUUGCUAUAAAAUUCAAGAGCAAGAGUUUGCAAUAAAUAAUGGCUUCGACUGUAAACUCGAAGCAAACAGCCGUAAACGGUGGCGAAUGCCCGAGAACACUACCGUGUAAAAAAUCAAAAAUGGAGAAUAAAGUUGCCGUUGUUUUGGGUGCUCAAUGGGGUGACGAGGGAAAAGGAAAAGUUGUGGAUUUAUUGGCUGUUAACUGUGACAUCGUGUGCCGUUGUCAGGGUGGUAACAAUGCUGGUCACACAGUUGUCGUCGACGGCAAGGAGUUCGAUUUCCACUUACUACCAAGUGGUAUUAUCAAUCCGAAAUGUAUCUCAGUUAUUGGCAACGGUGUGGUUAUCCACCUCCCUGGGCUCUUCGAAGAGUUGAAGAAGAACGAGCUGAAAGGCAUGAAGGGCUGGCAGGACAGACUCAUCAUAUCAGACAGAGCUCAUCUGGUCUUCGAUAUGCACCAACAGGUGGAUGGUCUGCAAGAAGCUGAGAAGGGCAAGAACUCAUUAGGUACCACAAAGAAGGGCAUCGGCCCGACUUACUCUUCCAAGGCCACCCGUAAUGGACUGCGGAUAGGAGACCUACUCGGUGACUCCGCUAUGUUUGAGGAGAAGUUCCGCACCCUAGCAGCUAACUACAAGAGAAUGUUCCCGACCCUCGAGGUAGACAUUGAUGCUGAGCUGGCUCGCUACCGGGAGUACGCUGAAAAGAUCAGGCCCAUGGUCAGAGAUACCGUUUCCUACCUCCACAAAGCUAUUGGGGAAGGAAAGAAAGUGCUUGUUGAAGGAGCUAAUGCUGCUAUGUUGGAUAUUGAUUUUGGAACAUACCCGUACGUGACGUCAUCAAACUGCAGUAUCGGUGGAGUGUGCACUGGUCUCGGUCUGUCUCCGCUCGUCAUUGGGGACGUGCUCGGAGUCGUAAAGGCGUACACGACACGCGUUGGUGACGGACCCUUCCCUACUGAGUUGCAUGAUGAGACGGGCAGAUUGCUACAGGAGCGAGGUCACGAGGUGGGAGUGACGACGAAGCGCGUGCGGCGCUGUGGCUGGCUCGACCUCGUCGUCGUGCGGUACACCGCCAUGGUCAACGGGUACACCUCGCUAUGUCUCACAAAGAUGGACAUCUUAGACACGUUGAAGGAGAUCAAGAUCGGCGUAGCGUACAAGCUGAACGGCAAGAAGAUUGAAUACUUCCCUUCAUCGAUGGCUGAGCUCAGCAAUGUUGAGGUGGAAUACAUCACCUUACCCGGAUGGGCGUGCAGUAUAGAAGACGUUCGGGAACUGGACAAGCUGCCAGAGCAAGCCAGGAACUACGUGAAGGCCAUCGAGGACUUCCUACAAAUACCUGUUAAAUACAUCGGCGUUGGACAAGGCCGGGAAUCCAUCAUCAGCACAGAUGAGGCUUAACGUUGUAUCUGCACCCGCCACAUAGUGUCACUUCGUAUAUAAUGUUGUUACUUUAUAAGUUAAAUGUGGGCUGUACAGUUGGCGUCUUUUUUGCGCCCAUGACACGCGAUAUUCACCUUUAAAUACUUGAAAUGUUAUAUGAAACAUAUUUUGUAAUUUCGUACACUAAUAACGUGUUAAAAUCAAUAUAGUUUUCAAAAUUUUAAAAGUAUCAUAACUGCACAUGUUUUUGUCAAGUAUGUAUAUGACGUUUAUCGCUCUGAUUGGCCGUCACUAAGCUAACCAACCAAUCAAAAGGCUAAACGCGUUAUCAUAAAGCAAACUCGCAUUUGGAACUCUUAGUGUUCACUAUCGUUGUGUAAUGAGCGCAAAAAAAAACUCGAAUAGCUCCCUGCUGGCUUUACCUAACAGUUGUUUAAAUCAGGCAACAAAUAAAUGUACUUAAGCCCCCUAGCUAAUUCAAAUCUUUUAUAAAAUAAAGGCUAUCACUGGAAUUGAAUAUCACAACAAUUUUAUGAGAAUAUACACUAGCGUGUUAAAAAGACAAGAAGCCUUGCCUUGAAUUGUUAUUUUUUAUAUAUAUGCAGUUAAUGGCAUACUAUUACUUAUUUGCUAUUAUUAUAGCGUUCUCCCGUGUACUUAGAUUUCAACUACAAAAGUUAGGGUACUUUCAUACUAUUGGUACAAGAAUAUGUUCAAACAUCUUUACCGGUUUCGCACGCGAUGAAGUGUGAGAGCACCCUAAAAUAUUGAGAUUGUAAGUCUGUUGAAGACCAAAAGCUAAAUCUAUGGUACUAAGUAAGUACUCAAAAAUGUUUCUCAAAUAUGUUCGCAUAUUACAUACUAGAUCAGCUCUUGGUCUGCAAUAGGUUUUAUACCUAUCUCGAAUACCAAAAUCUCUAUAAUUUGUAGUUGAAACAACCAACUUACUUCACUAGUCAAUAAUUGAAACGGAAGGUGCAGUUUUUUACAAGAAUUAUAAUUCAGUAUUGUUCAUGAAACUAUUGCGUACAAGCUUAGGCCAAGAUGAAUAGGUUUAACAUGCCUGCAGUAUUGCUAUCACUGUCGGACAUUAGUUUUCUAUAUAUGUUAGACAGUGAUAGAUAUAUGGAUGUUUGUCUUGACCUUUGCAGCAAAUAAUCUUGCCUCUGGACUUUGCCAUGUGCUAGUUCUUUGUUGUCAUGUCAGAAUCGCGGAGCUUACGUUUAAAAGUAUUGUGUAAUUAUUUUUGACUAGGUUUCUUGGAAGUUUUAGUUUGUGGGAACACUUAGGUAAUUUUUAUCUUCACAAAUCACGUAGCAAUACGAAUAUAUUGUCUGUAUGUUAUUAGAUAAGUUUUAAUAUAUACCUGUCUAUGUGUAAUCGUAAAACUGUAUAGAAUAUAAUAUAUUCCACUGUCGGAGGAAGUAACCAGGGCAAUCUAACACUGACUGCACGCUACUAGUACAGCGGAUUUAGUACAAAAACUGUUUAUUGACGGUAUUUAUUGGCGGCGAAUGCCAAGUUUCCUUUCGCAGCAAUAAUAGGAUAAUUAAUGUAUAAACAAUCUGUUAUGGUGCGGUCGACACGUUAGGCGGCGUUAUUAUACUUGUAAAGUAUUAUUAUAAAGACACCAAGGCUUAAUUAUUCCUAAUGUUUAUUUUAAGUUCACUUGUUCUAAGGUGUCAAUUCACGUUCCAGGUUCGACACAAACUUUAGCAUUUCGCUAAUAAAUAAGCACGAUAUCACAAGAAAUCCUGGAACGAUAGUACCUAUAUUCUCUUUUUGUUACUUUUUAUUUUCAUAAAUUGACAAUGUCGAUUUUUGCACAAACGAAAUAGCAAUAAUGUUGAAUAAAGACCUUUGUAGUGUUAUUAUUAAUCUUGUUUGAAAUCAAUACUUUUUACUUACUAACUUUUUCAUUUAGGGCUAUUCUACAGCUUGUGUAAUUGUGAAAAGCAUUGAAGCAAUUUAGACAUUAUUUUACUAAUUUAAUAAAAUUUUACAAAGGCCCAUUCCAAAGAUCUUUCAAAUGAAAUAUUUUAUGUACUUAUUUUAACGAAUCAUCGUUUUGCUUCUACAUUCUGUGAGUCGUGUUUUAUGUGAUAUAAUUGUGUAAAAUUAAUGGAAAUGUUUACAUUAAUAUAGUACAUACUAUUAUAUCAAUGUAAGUAUUUGAAUUCAGUUAAUAUGCCAAUAAAACGGUUUAUUCUUUUA